GCUCUAAUUCGGCGGCCUCUAUCCCCGCAAUUGGCUUUCGCAAGCUAGAACGAUAAUCGGCUUUAAGUAGCUUUAUUUACUGUCGCAAACAACUCCAACUCGGCAGUUCCGGAAUCUAAACAUCACUCGUGCUUAGACACCUACGACCAUCACUCAUUCCUCAAAAUGGGUAUCAACAACCCUCUACCGUCGUCUAUGGCGUCGGAGUGCAAAAAGUGUGGCAAGAUCCUCACAUCGUUCAUCGAUCCCCGCCAAGCGUUCGGUCCCGACAAAAUUAUCCCCCCGUCGGUCCUCGCAAACGCAAAAGGUCUUGCGAUUCUUACUGUCAUUAAAGCCGGCUUCCUUGGAUCCGCACGUUUCGGUUCCGGCCUCGUCGUCGCUCGUUUAAACGACGGUACGUGGUCUGCGCCGUCUGCCAUUUUUACGGCAGGAGGUGGAUUUGGUGGUCAGAUAGGUUUCGAAUUGACCGACUUCGUUUUCAUCCUGAACGAUUCCCAUGCCGUCAAGACGUUCUCGCAGCAAGGCUCUAUUACACUCGGCGGAAAUGUGUCCAUAGCGGCGGGGCCGGUUGGUCGGAACGCUGAAGCUGCUGGCGCCGCCUCCCUAAAGAGCGUGGCUGGCGUAUUCAGCUACAGCAAGACGAAGGGAUUGUUUGCCGGCGUAUCUUUAGAAGGCUCGGUAAUCGCAGAACGAAGAGAUGCAAACGAGAAGCUGUACGGCCAACGAUGGACAGCAGCGGAACUCCUCACAGGCUCUGUGCGACCGCCCCCGCAAGCCGGGCCUUUAAUGUCUGUCUUAAACUCGAGAAUAUUUGCAGGCGUGCGUUCAGGCACCGUAGACGACAAUAUGUACAACGACGUCCCGGUCUACGACGACCGUCAUGACGAUGUAGUAUGGAAUGGCCAGCGGGGAAGCGCUUAUGGUGAAGCCCAACAACCUGCCGCUCAAACUGAAUUCGGUGGACCAAAGCGAGCAACUACUUGGCAGGAUGAUGUGUACGACCGACCGACUGGGAGCAACAUCAAUCGAUCCAACACGGUAGCAAGAUCUCAAGCGUACGAUAACGACUAUUCAUAUCGCGAUCAUCGAGCCUCGGCUCCAGUUGGUGGUUACCAGGAUGAUAAGAAAACAGGACCCGGCAGACCCGCAGCACCGAAGCCGAAUUUCGCAAGCAAGCAAGCGUUGAUGAAGAAGAAUGAAGCCAUCGCUCUGUUCAACUUCGAAGCAGACCAGCCGGGUGACCUGGGUUUCAAGAAAGGUGAUGUUAUCACGGUGCUAAAGAAGACGGACAGCGACAACGAUUGGUGGACCGGCAUGAUUGGCUCGAGGCAUGGCAUAUUUCCUAGCAAUUAUGUAAAAAUGAAGGAAUAAAAGGGUUGCCUUGCUUAAGCUAGCUUCCUCGGGAUCAACUGGGAUACGUACGGACGUACGCGGAUCGUGGCAGAGGCGUAUGGGGGGGAAAGGGGGGAGGGGCGACGGCAACUACGAGAUUGAUCGAUUAGGAGAUACCUGAAACGCUCUUGUGAUAUUUAGAUUCUACUUCUCACGCAGGGUUUACGAUUCGACCUGGUUUGCGCGGCGCUUUGUUGAUUCACAUUGACGAUGACUUUUAACACUUUUUUUCUCUAUUCAUGAUGCAGUGGCUG